AUGGCCUACUACGACCCUCUCGCCUUCCAGCAGCAACAGCAACAGCAACAACUGCAGCAGCAGCAACCACAGUUUGGCUUCGGUGGCGAUAUGCGCUCCCCCUCUUCCCUUUGGAUGGGCGAACUCGAGCCUUGGAUGGACGAGAACUGGAUUCGCGGCGCAUGGUACAGCGCGGGUGAGCAGGUCUCCGUCAAGAUGAUUCGCGACAAAUUCACAGGAGUGAGCGCUGGCUACUGCUUUGUUGAACUCUCGAGUCCUGCGGCUGCGUCCAAGGCCAUCAACACCCUCAACGGGGUCUUGAUUCCAGGCACCAACAAGAUCUUCAAGCUCAACUGGGCGUCGGGCGGCAACGUAGCCUUGCCUGGCGCAGGAGGCGCUCAGGAAUACUCUGUGUUUGUUGGGGAUCUCUCACCCGAAGUAACCGAAUACAUGCUCGUGGCCACGUUCCAAGAACGGUACAUGUCCUGCAGAUCGGCAAAGAUCAUGACUGACCCUACCACAGGGCUCUCGCGAGGUUACGGCUUUGUUCGAUUUGGUGACGAGAGCGAGCAGUUACGCGCCCUUCACGAGAUGCAAGGCGUCUACUGUGGUAGUCGCCCUAUUAGAAUCUCGAUGGCUACCCCAAAGAACAAGGUGCCUGCAGGCGGAAUGGGGGGCGCUGGCCCGGUCGGCAUGGGAGGAGGCAUGAACGUGGCCCCAGCUGGCUAUGGAUACCUGCCCCCAGCCCAACCCACAAGCCCUCAGCACACCUUGAACCAGUUCACCGACCCCAACAACACCACUGUCUUUGUCGGAGGCCUCUCGGGAGUCAACCAUGAGGAUGAGCUCAGAAACGUCUUUGCGGCGUUUGGAGAGAUCACCUAUGUCAAGAUCCCCCCAGGAAAGGGCUGUGGCUUUGUCCAGUUUGUUCAUCGCCAGAGCGCCGAGAUGGCCAUCAACCAAUUGAAUGGCUACCAGAUCGGCAGCUCUCGCGUUCGUCUCUCAUGGGGACGCGCUCAGAAUGAGCCCAAGCCUAUGUCGCCCCUCAACUCUUCCAUGAUGGGUGCCUCGGGAUUCCGUCAAAACAACUUUGGCUUUGGACAAAACAGACACUCUGCACCUUAUGGCUCGUAUCCUGGACUCAUGGCGGGAUCCAUGCCCGGAAUGAUGCAAACCCAGUCGCCAAGGGAUCCCCUGGAACGGAUGCCCGUUGAGCACCAAAACCGUGCUUACAUGGAGCGUAAGGAGGCUGUUAUGGACCAAUUGGAUGGUGGUGCUAGCUGGAGAGGAUCCGGAGCCAUCUACGCCUAA